CCCCCUCCUCAAAGCUGCCUUCAGAAUACCGGCUUCAUCCCCAUCACAGGCCUGCUCCACAAACCUCCAUGGCUCCCUACUACCCUAAACAUAAAAUGCACCUAUACCCUGCUUCCCUCUGUGGGACUCGAGGGACAUUGUUCCAGCUAAUGAUUAAGAACUCUCCAGACAAUAGGGGCUUCUUAGACAAUGGGUGAAUUUCCAGGAUGUCCGGCCCCCUUCCGAGAAGGAGGGAGAUAAACAAAAUGUAAAAAAGGUAUCUGUCAAAGAACCAAUCAGGAAGCCUGGGACAGGUUCCCUCUCUGGUCCGAACAGAGGCUAAGAACCUAUCAUUAAAAAUCACAAUUGAAUCCACACUUUGCAUAACAGGAAAUUGAGACCUAUAAAAAUACAUGUUCACGCCCUGGGGGGGUUCCUUCUCCGGCCUCCUGCGUGAGGACCAAGGAACCCCGGUGCACCGGCCUUCAAUAAACCUCUUGCGUUUUGCAUCGGCUUCCGACUCUUGUUGUUUCCUGGGCGAGUCGAAACUCCUAGGAGACCGCGAAGGUCUAACAUUUGGGGGCUCGUCCGGGAUUCCACUCGCCCCGGACCACGAGAACAUCGGGAGUUGGAGGUACCAGCCCACAUGGGAUGAUUGUCAGCAGCUGCUUCAGACUCUCCUAACGACUGAGGAGAGGCAACGGGUUCUUUUAGAAGCCAAAAAAAAUGUAUUAGGCGCCAAUGGGCAACCUACCCAGCUGCCUAACGAGAUUGAUGCUGGUUUCCCACUCGUCAGGCCAAACUGGGAUUUCAAUGCCCCGGAAGGUAGGGAGCGCCUGAAAAUGUAUCGCCAGGCUCUGGUGGCGGGUCUCCAUGGAGCGGCCAGACGGCCCACUAAUUUGGCUAAGGUAAGGGAAGUCACUCAGGGGCCCCAGGAAUCUCCAACUGUGUUCCUGGAACGUUUAAUGGAAGCCUUUAGACGCUUUACCCCUUAUGAUCCAACUUCGGAGGAACAUAGGGCUACUAUAGCAAUGGCUUUCAUAGCUCAAGCGGCCCCUGAUAUUAAGAAGAAAUUACAGAGGCUAGAUGGCUUGCAGGGAUUUUCGCUUCAGGAGUUAGUAAAAGAGGCAGAUAAAGUAUAUAACAAAAGAGAAACAGAGGAAGAGAAGGAAGAAAGAAAGCAGAAAGAGCAGGAAGCCCGUGAAAUAAGACGGGAUAAGAGACAGGAGAGGAAUUUAAGUAAGAUACUGGCCACUGCGGUUGGAGGAAGAAAUAUAGGGGAUAGGAAUAGGCAGGAAGGGCGAACGGCAGACAGAAGGCGGCCAUUAGACAAGGACCAAUGUGCCUACUGUAAAGAAAAAGGACAUUGGGCGAGAGAAUGCCCUAAGAAAAAGAAUGGAGGAAGGCCAACCAGAAACAAAAUCUUAACAUUGGAAGAAGAAGACUAG